AUGUUGACAGAGAAUAGAGUGACGACUAAUACAAGCGGCAACUUUGAUGCCAGAAAUGAGGUGCGAAUUACAUAUCAAUUCAUCUGUUGUUCACUUUAUUACAGCCCACUGGUUAACGUUAGGGUCCCUUCAAUCGCAUCCCCUCUAUAUAGGAUACCCUUCGCCAGUGGUGUUCAGGAACAUUUCGCCAAUGAAUCAGAUAUUGCGGCCGAAGAGGAGACCGCGAAGAAUGAGAACCUAAACAAGAAUAACAGCAAAAAGUCGCCCCAAAUAUCGACCGCCAAAUCGCGGUGGAAAGCGUUGGCCAGAAGUGCUUUCGUUCGUAACCUUCAUAAGAGCGCCGCUCACUCUCAGCCCACAAACGCCCCAAACAAUGACACCAAACAUCACUCGACCACCAAUGGAGUGGUCAGCGCAGGAGGCGGUGGUGUUGGCGGAGGGGUUGGCAGCGGUGCCAACAAUCAUCAAAAAGACAAUCAUAAUAGCGUUGUGGUCAACAAUGACAACGACAAAGAGCUAACACUGUUGGAGUUGUUUGCGCUGAACUCAUUGGAGUUGAGCGCACCCGCCAGUGAUAUCAUAAUGAAGACGCGGACCAACAAUUGGGUACAGCUGUCGGGUCACGAGGACUCGUUCGCGUUGGCGGGUCCGGGAACCAUAUGGAAGAAGAGGUCCACCGACGACACGGAAGUGCGGGCUUACGAGGCGCUGAUGCAGGACUCGAUGUGCGAAAUGGUGCCAAAGUUUUUCCGCGACGUCUUCUAUAACGGCGACUAUUUCAUCGAAUUGGAGGACCUGUUGUUUGAGUACAAAGACGCGGCCAUAAUGGACAUCAAGAUGGGCACCCGUACCUUCUUGGAGGGCGAAGUGACCAAUCAGAAGGCGCGCACCGAUCUGUACGACAAGAUGAUCAAAAUAGACCCGAACGCGCCCACAGCCGAAGAGCACCGGCAGAGGGCCGUCACUAAACUUAAUUACAUGAAGUUCAGGGAAGCCCUGUCCUCGUCAUCCAAUCUCGGCUUCCGGAUCGAAGGCUUUAAAGCCGGUGAGGACUUACAGCUCUGCAAAGACCUAAAGCUAGUGAAAUACAGGGACGAAGUGAAGGCUACACUCAAAGCGUUUCUGAUGUCCAAAAAUCAGAUCCGCCUUAAGCUCAUCGAUCGACUCAAACGAUUGGCCGCGAAGUUCGAGAGCUCUUCAUUCUUCGACACACACGAAGUGAUCGGCAGUUCUCUACUAAUCAUUCACAACGGGAAGAGAGCGGGCGUUUGGAUGAUCGACUUCGCCAAGACUAUACCCGUGCCCACCGGCGUCACCAUUGACCACAAAUCUCAGUGGCAUUUGGGUAAUCACGAGGACGGCUACCUCUUUGGGCUCACAAAUCUGAUCGAGAUAUUAGAGGAAUGCGCCGACGAUUAGGACACCAAAACACCAUUUCACUCGCGUUUAACCAAUUGUUAGCAAUCAUUUCAAUGUAUAAUUGUACACAAUGUAGAACAUUGUACAAUCAUUCACUGUUUAUAUAUUAUUAUUAUUAUUUAAAUCAACUCAAGUAUAGCUCGACAUCAAAUCAAAGCUACAAACAUAACACACAAAUAUAUAUAAAUAAUUAUAUGUGAAGAUUAUUAUCACUUCAUUUUUGUAAUUUGAUUUUCUUGUGCCAAAAAUGUUCAUUAUAUCGAGU